AUGGAGCUCAGCUAUGCAUGGAGAUGGAUGUGGAUGUUCAACCGAUUCAAUUCUUCUGGAUUGGGGUCCUUGAAUCCUACUGGGGAGGUUCCGAAGGCUAAGGCCCCUGAAAUUGAGGUAGUUGAUCAAAAUAUUGUGACUCAUAAUGCAUCUGAGAAAAAUCUGGAGCAACCUCCAUCAUCUGACCUGCAGAUGGGUGACUUUUUGAGGGUGCAAUCUAGUGAUGCUCUACCGGUACUCAUUAAGAGCGACGUUUUUGAGGUUAUUGGUCAGUCUGGUAAGGUGGUUGGCUCACGUACGUUGGUUCCAUCCAUUUCCAAUAAGUUGCAGAUUGAUGUUCUUCCAUUGGUGCAGUCUAAGGCCUCUCCGUUAGUGCAGAUGUGUCUUACGGUUCUUGUACAAGAUGCCCUUGCCAUUCAAUAUCAUGAGAUAGUAACCAAUGCAAAGGAAGUGCAUCCUGAGGCUCAAGACCAUGAGAGUCCAAAAGCUAGUGAUGAAUUUCUUUUUGAGAGACAGGAGUCAUGGGUUGACUUGUGCUUGCAUCGUAUUAGAGUCGAGCCUUGUUUAUUUGCAAGUGAUUUUAACAUUAUUCGAUCUGACUCUAAAAGGCAAGGUGGUCAUCCUAGGCCUCAGGUUGCUAUGGAUGAGUUUAAUAGCUGGAUUGAUCAAGGUGGUCUGAUUAAUAUGAAAACCCAGGGUAGUAAAUUUUCCUGGUGCAAUGGCCAACAAGGGUUAUCCAGGAGUUGGGCGAAACUUGACCAGCAAAUGUGGGUUGACCAUCCAGAUUUCUUAAACUGUGUGCAGAGAGUUUGGAUGGUUCCUGUGGCUGUCAAGGGUUUAUGGAAGCUUGCUACCAAGUUAAAACAGGUUCGGGUCGCUCUCCGAGAAUGGAAUAAAAGGGUUUUUGGUCGGACUACCUCUCACAUUGCCCAUCUUGAGGAGCAGGAAUUGUCUUCGUGGAGACGUAGGGAGGAUAUUCGUUUGGCUCAGAUGACAAAGUUAAAAGGGAAGUUGGAAGGUGAUAGGAACUCAAAAUGUUUUCAUGCUUGUUUGGGCAAAAAGGAGGCGGAAGCGCAUUUCUGGCAUGAUAGCUGCGAACGGGGCAUGUUUGAGUCGCCAGAAGCCAUACAUCAGGGAGCGGUAGAGUAUUUCUCUAGUUUUCUUCAAGCAAAUUUUCUUCGUGUUUUGCCAAAUUUGUCUUAUCUUAUCUCGCAUGUUAUUUCAGAUGAAGCUAAUGGUCAUAUUGCUUGUAUUCCAACUAUGGAUGAUAUCUUUGCGGCUCUGUCAUCAAUUCCUUCUAAUAGUUCUCCAGGUCCCAAUGGUUUUGGGGCAGGAUUUUUUAAAAGCUGUUGGAAGAUUGUUAAAGUAGAUAUCUUUGAAGCUAUUUUAGAUUUUUUUUUUUCCCUCUCUAAGAAGCUGCCACAUUUCUACUUGGCCUCUUACAUUGUCUUAAUCCCGAAGGUGGAUGUGCCUACUGGGUUUGAUAAGUUCAGACCAAUUAGCCUCUAUUCAGUGUUCUAUAAAAUUUGUGCUAAAAUUCUUGUUAAUCAGCUGAUGGGCCUUCUCACUAGCAUGAUCUCUCUUGAGCAAGGUGCUUUCAUUCCAAGCAUUUUUGAAAAUAUUUCCCUUAUGCAAGAAAUGGUCCAUUCUAUUAAUAAGAAAUCUCAUGAUGGCAAUAUCAUUCUCAAAGGUCAUAAGAGAGCUAUUAAGCGAAUGACUGGGUAUUCGGAAGGUUCUUUUCCUUUCAAGUAUCUUGGAGUGCCUAUUAUUUCGGGGAGGCUCAAGCAAGUUCAUUUGGAGGAGACGAUCACAAAAGUUCCUAAAUCUAUUAUCAAGGAGUUACAGUUUUUAAUUAGCACUUUCUUUUGGGGAGAGGCUAGCGGGAGAGUGGAAGAAGGUGGUUUGGGUUUGCGUCACCUAGCUGAUAUGCAGAAGGCUUUGCAUAUGAGGUUUGCUUGGAAUUUAAUCCAAGGUAAUUCGUUAUGGGCUCAGUUUUUCAAAGCUAAAUAUGUGGGGUCUAAACCUUGGCUUCUUAUUGAUGCGAAUAAAGGCAUAAGAUUUUGGAAAAUGAUUGCUAAUUAUAUUCUUUUGGUUCUCGAAAAAUCGAAGUGGCACCUCAGGGAAGGCAACCUUUUCUUCUGGUAUGAUAAGUGGCGGGAUCAGGGUCCCUUGUAUUCUGAUCUUCCGAUGGUGGGUAGUCCUUUACUUAACGUUAAGGAGUGUCCACUGUCUAAUUUGUGGGAUGUGGAGCUCUUGGUUAAUCUGGUGGGUCAAGAUCAUGUUAAUGAUAUACUAGAAUCUUUAGCAAUUUGCAAGGGCGGAUCAGAUGUAUUGGUAUGGAUGAAGCGAGAUAGUGGCUGUUUCUCUACAAAGUCAGCAUGGGAUUGUAUCCGUAUUAGAGGUUCUACCAUGAAUUGGCAUUCUCGGAUGUGGCAUAGUCAGCUCCCUUUGAAGGUUUCGGUUUCUAUGUGGAAGGCUUGGCAUCAUGCCUUCAGUGUGGAUGAUCAUCUCCAUCGUGUAGGGUGCCAAUUAUUUCUAAUUGUGAUUGUUGUGAUGCUGAAAGAAACAAUCUCUUUGGUUUCAUCGUGUUUCUUCCUCUUCUCAGGUUGGUAUUAUUGUGGGCCUCCUUCAUUCUUUGCUUUCUUGGCAUCUUUGGCAUCGUAG